UCACUCUAAGCUGCUGUUACCCGUAGCGUCAUCGGGGAGUGGCAGGGAUUAUCGCCAUUUAUCGGAGUAAUAGUUUAAGCAUCGCCGGCUCGGGAAAACGGCUUGCGCGAUGAUUGGUCCGCUUAACAGAGCUGAACAUCUUUCAUCAACUUCCUGCUCCACGUCACAGUGUCGGUGGGCUUUUCUCCACAGAACAUCAGGCAAUAUGGUCCCAUACGUUUUAGGUGUUGCCCGCACCAAGGGAACAGACAAAAGCAUAGACAAUUCAAAGGGAAUCUCUUCAUACUGACAUCAAGACUAAAUGGAGCGCAACAUCUAAGGCAAGGAAACGGCAUUCAACCAAACGUAUCUACCAAAGCAUACAACACCAGGGAUUCGCUCGUCGUCACCGACCCAACUAGUAAUCUAGCGGUUCUCUCUCUUGCAUCUGAGAAUGCGCGUAUCUAGAAUAGGAAGAGAACACUCCAUAAUAGACAGACACCUAAUUGGAACUUAUAACUGUUGCACAUACUGCAUGGAACCGCUGCCCAUCCUUGUGUUUGUUGCGCAUCCAUCACUGACGACGACCUACUUUACCGGCAUGACGGCCAUGAAACGACCUAUGACACGCUGGAGAAGUGCAGGACACCGAUGUGAGCAUCCACGCCAAGCGCAUGUGCGGAACCGAGUCCGGGCUCUUCGGCAGCUGGGGGGAGCAGCGCGGGGUAUGAGUCGACGCCUACGACAACGCGCGAGUGGAGCAAUUUGCCAACUUUCAAGCGUUGCAUGCAUCAAAGAACGGCCGACAGAAAGAGCAUCUUUGUCAUCAUUACGAUGUCGCUAGAUUGAGGUCAAGGCGGAAAUGAUGGACAUCGAGGUGUUGUGGCUACUGGACCGGCUGAAGGGGGUGACGGAUAGUUAGGUUUGGACUUGACGAGCGGAAGAGGCAGACGACAAAGCCCCUGUAGGACCGCUAGGCUUGAGUCGAAGCUGCAUUCCGAACGGGACCCAUCCGCUAGUAAGAGGCAUCCUGGAGGCCAUGCGAAAGGUCAACCCUGUUAUAUACUCUGUCUAUGUACCGACAAAUGCACCUAGGUCGGCUAGUAGCUACUUCAUUUCAUCUUUUACUUUUUAGUGCUAUAAUCGGUACAAAAUCCAUCUUCGCGGUCCUACCUAUGACAAUGCAAUA